AUAGGCUAUGCAUGGACUCGGCUAGGCUACAGGGCAAAUCAAAUUAGACAUAUCUGAAUAUAUUUCUUGGCAGAGAAUGACAUGAGUGAAGCAAAGAUUUCUGAAGCCUUUACAGCUGUCAACAUAGGAACAAAAAAUGCCAGGGACAGUUGGAUAGCAGCAAAAGGAGCCUCCAUCUUCCAGUCCAGGCAUACAAAUAUAUGGUUGAGAGAACAAAUUAACUGCCUCAUUACGGAAGGGAACAACAUCAAGGCAAAUAUUUUGGAUUUACAAGGAGCUAUGAAGAACAUGAAAGCUGAGCUCAAAAGGAUAAAGCAAGCUGAAGAGAAAAUAACCUAUUUGGAAACUGAGAUUGAAGCCACAAAGAAAAAUCAGGAAGAAGAGACUUUAACAGCAUCUUUAGAGGAGCAGUAUCUUAAAAAGCUGGAGAAGGAUAAUGAAAAUUUACACUUGAGGAUCUUCAUGCUUUCUGAGAAGAGCUCAGCAUUGACUGCAUCGAUGAAGAUCAACCAGCAGAGUUACCUGCAGCUCUGCUGCCAUGUCAACAAGCUAAAAAGAGAGCUCCAGGAAUGCAAACUGACCUGCGGUGAGGAGGAUGAAGUUUUUACAAAGAUGAAACACCAAAUCUGGGAACUGGAAGAGUAUAUACAAGAAUACAAAGUGAAAAUACAGGUUCUUCAGGACAGAGAGAAAAGCCUGCAGGAUGAGCUGUCAGCUGUUGCGAAAGACAAGGUUCGACAUCAGAGCAAGUUGCCAGGCAAGUUUUUGAACCUUCACCCAAAGAGCUUGAUGUAUGAAUUGGCCAGGGCUGAACUGGAAGAAAAAAUGCGAAGAGAAGAGAAAUUUGUGAAGAAACAGCUUUGUGGUGGUAGGACAAAGAUCACCUGGGUCUUGAUAGGCUUGUGGCACUUUGCUGGUGUCCUGCUGGUGAUUGUCUUGACCGUCCUGCUAGUCACUGUCUUCAUCCUCACCGCCUGCCUUUCCAAUCACACAGUGACAGAGGCAUAUCAGCGGCCUGUGUGGCAGUUCCUGGACUAUUACAUCCAACCAUAUAUGCAACUCUACAGCACCGGCAUCUUACCAAAGUGAUCUCAGGAUUGGAAGAAGCUGCCGACUAGAGAGAGCCUGUCAUUAUAAUGUAUCUCAGAGU